UCUGCGCAGAAGACAAAUAUCGAGUAGUAUAACGUGGACUUGUAAGCACGACCAUCGUGUGCCGGCUUUUACGAGCGGCUCGAUAUAGCCACACGGCGUUGUGUUUCGCGUGAAACGAAACGGAACGAGACGACGGUCGUCGCCGGCGUCGUCGACGACGGUAGGACGCGACCCGACGAUCCGAAACAGUUCGCGUUUGCUAAACGUUCUCCUUCAUUCGUCUUGGCGUCGAAUUCACCGCGAGUGGAAUAAUUGAUUGGCUGGGGAAAGCCCGGCGGUACACGGCUGCAAAAGGAAGGAACUGACUGAAUACCUAGGAGAAACGGUUCUUCGUGCCAGCAGACAUGGGGCUCAAGGACUUCCGUAUAAUCUUUGACAAUCCUUGGAACACCUAUUACCCGGGACAGACGGUCAGCGGAAAUAUCGUGGUCGUUCUAGAUAGCACGAAGAAGGUCCGCGGUAUUAGCGUGAAGGUGAAAGGUUUCGCAGACACCUGUUGGACAACGGACAAACAAGAAAUGGACGAGAGAGGACAGUACAGAGAGGGAACGCAGACGGUGACGGCCCACGAAGAGUAUUUCGAAACCAAGUAUUAUCUGGUCGGAUCAGCUUCGGGCAGUGAAAUCGAAGUGCAAAGUGGAGAACACAAAUUCCCGUUUCAGUGCGUCUUACCCGCGAACAUACCGAGCAGCUUUGAAUCUGAUUUCGGAUACGUUCGAUACAUCGCCAAAGCGACUUUGGACCGUCCUUGGAAGUUUGAUCAAGAAGUGAAGAGCCCCUUCACGGUGAUACAGCCAUUCGACCUUAACCAAGAACAGAGGGCUUCGAUCGUAACUUUCCGCGCAACCAUGCCAAGCACCGAUACGAGAACGGAAGAGAUCGUAGUAGCAGAAGUUGGCAAAGGCCCCGUCGAAGGAAGUGGAACAGCUGAGUACGAACAAAACCUCGACAUACCUCCGCUGCCGCCGUCGAACCUCGCAAAUUGCGGGAUCAUUGAUCUGGAGUACAAUCUGAAGGUCAUGGCGUGUGUAUCAGGAUGGUAUCACAGAAACUUGUCUAAGAACUCUUUGGUGUUCGUGGGUACCAUACCGUUGGUAAAUUAUCAAACUCCCAGUGCACCGCCAGCGGACCCAAGCAAACCAGAAAUCGGCUGGACAGCUCCAGAAGGACUACCAACAUCGAAUUUAUAUCCGAACUUACCUCCACCGUCCUACGAGGAGUCGGCAAAUGGCGCUAGGAGUCUCUGGGAACGCGGUGAAUCCGAGCACGUGUUCGGCAUUUCGAAUCACUUCGCUCCGAGAUAUCCGGUCUAUAAUUUCGCACCAGUCCAAUGAACAACGAAACGAUUUACAGGAAACGAUUGCAUACUUCACAACGCUGCCUAGAAAGCACAUUCUGGAAGCUUUAUAAUGGAAUUAGAAAUUCACGAUUGUCACGAGCAUUUUGAAGCUGAUUGUUGCAGUUGUCGUAACUUUUCGUGCGAAUAUUUGGGUUUUUGAAAAUUGUGAAUUUCAUUGAAUUACGGCUAUAAUGCAGAUGUUUACAAGAUGUUUGAACUGUGACUUACACAAUUAUCCGCGAGAAGUUAUUGCAUUUAAUGUAUUUCCGUUGAAAUUGCAUACAAACUUUUCAAUUAUAUGCUGCCA